GUACGGGACACAGCGAUGGGCAAAUGGAGAGCGGAAUACGAAGAAGAGGAAGGAGAAGAGGAAACAUAUACUAAUAAGAAGUCGGCGACGAAUCAGCUGAAAAUGGCCAGUUUCUGCGUUCCCGGCGCCGGCUCCUCACUUCGCCCUUCGCUCUCCUCCUCCGCUCCACGCAUUCCCCUAUCUAGGCCCCGCAAUCGAAUCCAAUGCGCCUCAAUUGAGGAGAGGAGUAGUGGCUUGGAAGAAUCGGCGGCGGCGGCAGCGGCGUCUUCUUCUAAAGGAAUGAGAAGUUUCGCUUGCGGAUUGCUCGCUGCGUGGGCAAUCACUGCUGCCUCCCCUGCUGCUGCAGCAAGCCAGAGAUUGCCUCCGCUUUCGACAGAGCCAAACCGGUGUGAGCGUGCGUUUGUCGGGAACACAAUUGGUCAAGCAAACGGAGUAUAUGACAAGCCAAUUGAUCUCCGGUUCUGCGAUUACACGAAUGAAAAAUCAAAUCUGAAGGGCAAGUCUCUUGCUGCUGCGCUAAUGUCGGAUGCAAAGUUCGACGGUACUGAUAUGUCGGAAGUUGUGAUGUCCAAAGCCUAUGCUGUCGGAGCGAGCUUCAAAGGUGUCGAUUUUACGAAUGCAGUUCUAGACCGGGUAAAUUUUGGAAAAGCCGAUCUUCAGGGAGCGAUUUUUAAGAACACCGUGUUGUCAGGAUCUACCUUUAAUGAUGCAAAUUUGAAAGAUGCUGUGUUCGAAGAUACCAUUAUAGGCUACAUUGACCUCCAGAAGCUUUGUACUAAUACCACGAUUAGCGCAGAAGGAAGAGCAGAGUUAGGUUGCCGGUAAUAUAUCUAUCGUUAGUUUAUGUUGCGAUAAAGAGGUUGCAAAGUUGUAAGUUCGGAUUAAGAAUUCAUUUUAAAAUGCAAGUCUACGAACAUCUUUUGCCUACAAAAUGUGUUAAAAUUGUCAUGCAGAUGUUUUUUUUCUUUUUACUAAUGUGAGUUGAGAAUUCAUUUGUGAAUACAA